GCAGGGCAGUGCUGUAGCUUUAACACAGGCGGUGGAAGCAGGAGGGAGGACAGCAGUGCCAGGUCCAGCCAAGAAGCUGCUGCAGAUCCCUCGCUCCUGCCUGGCCCAGCCCUGGCAGCACUGCCUGCCAUGGGGAGCCGCAGCCUCCUCGCCGCCCUCCUCACCGCUGUCCUCGCCUCCCUCCUGCUGCUCCCCGCUGCCUCCUCGGCCCACCGCAAGCUCCUGCUGUUCCUGCUCGAUGGCUUUCGCUUCGACUACAUCGAUGACAGCGAGCUGGAGGGUCUGCCGGGCUUUCGGGACAUUGUGAACAUGGGGGUGAAAGUGGAUUACCUGACCCCUGACUUCCCCAGUCUCUCCUACCCAAAUUACUACACACUGAUGACAGGUCGCCACUGUGAGGUCCAUCAGAUGAUUGGAAACUACAUGUGGGACCAAAAGAAAAAUGUAUCUUUUGAUAUUGGAAUGACUAAAGAAAGCCUGCUGCCUCUCUGGUGGGAUGGAUCGGAGCCUUUGUGGGUCACAAUGAUGAAAGAAAAAAAGAACGUUUCCAUGUACUACUGGCCAGGUUGCGAGGUUGAAAUCCUUGGAGUCAGACCAAGUUAUUGCCGUGAAUACUUCAGCGUCCCGACAGACAAAAACUUUGAGGAUGCCAUCAGAGAUGCUCUCGAGUCUUUGAGCAACGGCAGUGCUGAGAUGGCCGCAGUGUACUAUGAGCGCAUCGACGUGGAAGGCCACCACUACGGCCCUUCGUCACAGCAGAGGAAGAACGCUUUGAAGGAAGUGGACAAAGCCUUGAGCAAAAUGAUCAUGCUCAUCAAGAGCAGGGGCCUUCAAAAUGACGUCAACGUCCUCCUCUUCUCCGAUCACGGGAUGACAGACAUCUCUUGGGCGGACAAAGUGAUUGAGCUGAAAAACUAUAUCAAUAUGAGUGACACCAUACAAAUGAAAGACCGAGGUCCUGUUGUGAGCCUCUGGCCGGCUCCAGAGAAGCAUGCAGAGAUAUAUCAGAAAUUGAAAGCUGUGGAACACAUGCAUGUUUAUAACAUACAGGAUAUUCCAGACAGGUUUUUCUACAAAAAAGGAAAAUUUGUGUCUCCUCUAACUCUUGUGGCCGAGAAAGGAUGGUUCAUAGUAGAGAGCAGGGACAAGCUGCCUUUCUGGGAGAACGGGACGGGGAAGAAAGAGGCCUGGCAGAAUGGCUGGCACGGCUAUGACAACGAGCUGAUGGACAUGAGAGGCUUCUUCCUUGCAUAUGGGCCAGAUUUCCGACCCAACUUCCGAGCGCCUCCCAUCAGAUCCGUGGAUGUUUACAACAUCAUGUGCAGGCUGGCAGGCAUACAGCCGCUGCCCAACAAUGGCUCCUGGUCCAGGGUGGAGUGCAUGCUCCGAAACACAGCCCCCUUGGCACGGCUCCCCCCGUGCGGCAGCUGCGCCCUGGCGCUAGCUCUGCUCUCCCUGCUCACCAGGCAGAUCUCCUUACUGUGAUCCUUGAACAAUGUCGGUCAGUGUCACCAGCAA